ACCGUUUGACCAAUAGCAGCAGCCCACAGCCGCUCGGUAAAAUUGAUUUUAUAACAUUGUUUUGUAACACUUGGUUUGUCCUGCCAGCUUGUGGAACCCAGCUGGAUAAGAUGCGGCUGAUGUCUGUAUUUGCAGUUGCUAAGAAAUGCCUGUUUCUGAAAUGGACCUGCAGGAACUACAGUUCAGUCACUGCUUCCAAUUUAGCAUUUGUUCCUUCAAGCGCGCCUUUGGACUCAAUCGAGUUGAAGGAACUUCAGGAUUUUGUACUUCAGUCCAAGAAACUGUUUGUGCUGACUGGAGCAGGGGUAUCAACAGAGUCUGGUAUUCCAGAUUAUCGUUCAGAAGGUGUGGGGCUCUAUGCAAGGACAGAAAGGCGUCCCAUUCAGCACUCCGAGUUCAUCCGCAGUGUUAAGGGCAGGCAGAGGUACUGGGCACGGAAUUAUGUUGGUUGGCCACAGUUUUGUUCUCGUCAGCCAAAUGUGGCGCACAAUGUUUUGAGUAAAUGGGAGAAACUUGGGAAGCUUCACUGGCUGGUGACUCAAAACGUGGAUGCUUUACAUGCAAAAGCAGGAAGCCAGCACAUGACUGAGCUUCAUGGCUGUUCUCACAGAGUGAUCUGUCUUGGGUGCGGAGAUGUAACACCUAGGAGUCAUCUUCAAGAAAAAUUUGCAGCUCUGAAUCUUGGCUGGACUGAAGAAGCACACGGAAUAGCUCCAGAUGGAGAUGUUUUCCUGACUGAUGAUCAAGUUAAAAAUUUUAUUGUUCCUUCUUGUGAGAGUUGUGGUGGUAUUCUGAAACCUGAUGUCACCUUUUUCGGAGACACAGUGAAUAAGGAGAAAGUGAAUUUUGUCUACGAGCGUGUGGCUGAAUCUGAUGCUGUUCUGGUGGCUGGUUCUUCUCUGCAGGUGUAUUCUGGAUAUAGGUUCGUUAUUGCAGCAUAUGAGAUGAAGAUACCAAUUGCACUGCUGAAUAUUGGAGUUACCAGAGCAGAUGCACUGGCCAGUCUGAAAAUCAGUGCUCGAUGUGGAGAGGUGCUGUCCUGUAUUCUUCACCUUUGAGACGGUAUUGUUGCAAACUAGGAAAUUCCAAAUAAUGAUAAUAUUAAACAACAUAGUUUUUCUACAAAGAACAGAUCCAUCAUUUAUCAAUAGGAAUAUGCUCUGCAGCUUCUCCUUAAGGGACCAUUACGGUUGAUUCAUAAAAUAAAAGUUGGGACUGAUGGAAAUGGGUAGAGGAUUCAAUAAUAUAACGGUCAUAAAUAAGACUCUUAUUAGAGUGAUUUUAAUGAGUCAAAUAGUCUUUUGUUCUUCAACUAUCUGCACUUACAAGAAGUUCAUUUGUUUUAAUAUUCACAUAUUUCUAACUUGGCAUGCAAAUAUUAAGACAGUAAUCUGAGGUACUGGAUUAUACCAUACACUUGGAAGACCUACCUCGGGUGAAAUAUGAUAGUUAUAGCAUGUUAAAAUGCAGCAGAAUGAAAUCACAGUACACAUCGUAUCCACUUGGUGGAAUACAUUUACUUAUCUGCGCAAACUUUACAAGACUGGCCUCAUUAAACAUUCCAUCUGAACUGAGAGUAUUUGGCAUGAUGAACUGUUAGCAAUGCCUGGGGAGUAUUGAAAAAAACACGAGAGAUUUGUAGGGCAAGGUGGUAAGGCGAAAUUAUACAGACAAUGUGACAUUUCUUGUAUCAAUAGGAUCUAUGGAUUUUUAUCUGUAACGUCUAUAUACUAGCAUGUUUUCUUAUUGAGAAUGAGCAUAAUCACUAUCAAGCUUUUGGAAAUUUCUAUUUCAAUUUACAGGACGAAAAUAGAUGUAGCCCAUAAACCACUUUUAAAACAAAUCACGUGAGUCACAUCAUCAUAAAUGGCCUCCAAAUACAUAAAUUUAAUAAUCCUAAGAACUUUCUUAAAGAAAAAACUCAAAUCAGUUACUGGGAUCUAAACACAAUCCAGCAUCAAAAACUAUUUCAACCAUCAGCAGCUAUGUUUUGUACAUAGUAAUUCUACAGUUUUCUCACGUUCCAGACAGGAAUACUUAGUGAAGAGUAUUUGAUCAACUGUGGUUAUAAUCUCUAUACGUCCCAGGACAAGUGUAAAUAUUAAAUGGGAGUUAACAUGCAUUUUAUUCAGAAGUGAAAUAAGCUGAUUUUUAAAAAAAUCAAGCUUACUGCUGUGGUUUUUAUUUUGCACUUUAACAUGUGGACUAGAUGUGAAUAAGCUACACAGUUUUCUGUAUGUGCAUGUACCAACAUAACUUGAGAUUCAGCAAAAGGAAUAGGAAUCUAAGAUUAAUUUUACAAGCAUCAUUGACUAAGCUGAAGUGUCAGAUGAACAUUCACUUUUACGGCGGGAUCUCUCAAUGGCAAUCCUACCUAAUUUCUUCUGCCUCAUAAACAGACAAAUUCUAUUUCUCGAACUUUUAUUAAGGUUGAGAUCAGUUAAGGCCAGGAAUGCUUCUCAAUCUGAACAGCUCAGGUCUUUGCUACAUUUUUGAGGAGUUAUGCCGAUCAAUGGUUACAAAAUAUAUACAUUGUAACCUAUCAAUAUUGGAAUUUACUCUCAAAUUUGUAAAACUUUACAUGUUGAUUACUUGAAGAACAAAUAGGCCUUUGAUGGCCAGAAUGAUAUAUAAUCUUGAGAUGGCAGAUGGUAUGCUGUGAAUCAUAGAUAUAUCCUAUAUCCAUGGACAAGAUCUUAUUACUGUGGUUGGUUCCCUCGCCAAGCUGGUUCGUUAGUUCACAGACGUGUCAUUACUCUGCUGGGUAACAUCGUCAGUGCAGCCUCCAAUGAAGCGCUGUUGUGUUUUCCUGCCUGGUAUUUAAACUCUGGGGUCCGUUGGAUUUGAUUACCUCAUUUCCAAUUUUCCUUCACAGUGGUGUACAUAUAGGGUCUAGUUCUAUGUGAUUGUUGAUGGCCUUCUUGGUGGAGAACCAGGCCUCUAGGAAUUCCUGUGCUUGUCUCUGUUUGGCCUGUCCUAGAUUCCUGGUGUUGUCCCAAUCGAACUGGUGGUUCUCCCUAUCCGUGUGAAAGGAGAUAAGUGAGUAUUGGUUGUGUUUUUUUUUUGUUGCUAGUUGGUGUUCAUGUACUCCUUGUGGCCAAUUUUCUUCCUGGCUGUCUAAUGUAAUGUUUGUCGCAGUCCUUGCAUGGAAUUUUGUAUAUUACGUUGGUUCCGUCCAUAGUGGGUAAGGGGUCUUUGGCGUGAGUUCGCAGUUGGCAUAGGGUUGACGUGGGUUUGUGUGCUACUAAAAUACCCAAUGGUCGUAGGAGUCUUGCGGUCAGUUCAGAUAUGUUCUUGAUUGUAUGGUAGUGUGAUGAGUGUGUUAGGGCAUGCAGUAUUUUCCCGUUGUUAUUCGUGUGAUAGGCAUCAUCGGAUCCAGCUGUUCGGGUAUCCGUUGUCCUUAAAUACUUGGUGGAGGUACUCCUCUUCUUUUUGGUGUAGGUGUGGGUUGCUACAGUGUGUUGUCGUUUGUUUAAAUAACGUUUUCACUUUGUUUGUGGGUGUUGGAGUGGUCACUGUUGAAAUUCAGCACUUGGUCAGUGUGUGUGGCUUUUCUGUGUACCUUCAUCCCCAUUGGCCCUGCAUUCUACCAUGAUGUCCAGGAAUGGGAGCUGUUCGUUUUUUUUUCCUCUUCCCUGGUGAAUUUGAUGCCGGUGAGAGUGUUGUUCAUUAGUUGGUGUGUCUCCUCUAGUUUGGCGUGUUUGAUGAUGAUGAAAGUGUCAUCCACAUAUCAGAUCCAUAGUUCGGGUUGGAUUUGUAGGAGGGCAAUGCUUUCGAGUCUCUGCAUCACUGCUUCUGCUAUUAAUCUGGAGAUCAGUGAGUAUUGGGACAGCUAUGGGGUCACCUAUCUCCAUUCACACAGAUAAGGGGAACCACCAGUUCGAUUGGGACAACACCAGGAUCCUAGGACAGGCCAACUGGAAACAAGUACGGGAAUUCCUAGAGGCCUGGUUCUCCACCAAGAAGGCCAUCAACAAAUACAUAGAACAAGACCCUAUGUAUACACCACUGUGAAGGAAAACCAGAAAUGAGGUAAUCAAAUCCAACGGACCCCAGAGUUUAAAUACCAGGCAGGAAAACACAACGGUGCUUCAUCAGAGGCUGCACUGAUGAUGUUACCCAGCAGGGUAAUGAAAUGUCUAUGAAGUAAUGAACCAUCUUGGCGAGCAAACCAACCACAGCAUCCACAACCCAAGCGACAGAUCUACUCAAGAACCUUAAAGAUCUUAUUGGUCAAGGCCAAUGCUUUACAUUUAAAUUGGUAAUUGAAUGAAAAUGUGACUUAGUGUAACAUGAUAUGCUUUGCAGACAACACAAGGUCUAAUAUGAAUAAAAGGUAUAUAAAACACUUAUCCCCUUUUGAGUCUGUCUCCCUCCUACUGCAAUAAAGGCUGCUUGAAAUAUUCGCUAA